UAUAUCCCUCACAAACUAAAAUAUUUUCAUUAAUUUAGAAUUUUGGAAAAAAAGAAGAAGAAAGAAUGCAGAGUCAGCCUCAUCGUGAGCAGCAGCUAUCUCGUCAGGUGGCCAAGACCACCACUGCUGUCACCGUUGGUGGUUCACUCAUGGUGCUCUCCGGGUUAACUCUAGCGGCCACCGUUAUCGGUCUAGCUAUAGCUACCCCUUUGCUGGUGAUUUUCAGCCCUGUUUUGGUACCUGCAGUCAUAACUCUUGGGUUGAUCCUUGGUGGGUUCUUGGCUUCUGGUGGUUUUGGAGCCACUGCAUCUUUUGUUUUCUACUGGAUGUACAGAUACGUUACGGGGAAGCACCCGAUUGGAGCAACCAAGAUCGACUACGCCAGGGACAAGAUUGCACAUGCGGCACAUGAUGUGAAGGACAAGGCUGAGCAGUUGGGGCAUCAAGCACAGCAGCAGAUUAAGGGUUGAAAGGGAUGGAGGAGCUCCUUUUUUUUUUUCUUUUCUUAUGCAAGCAUGUACCUUUUAUUAGUUUGUUGUUAAAUUCUGUGUUUGUUGAAUAGGGGAAUGUUGUUGGUUUUUGUGGUAGAUAUCAAUGGUUCUGUAACUAGAUUUUCUUUCACUUAAUUAACGGGUCUGUUUCUAGAUUACCCAAAUCUUUGUUAGUUCUAUGCUACCUUAAAGCUGAAAAUGACGCAAAGUCUGGCACAAGAAAUCAUUUUCGGCAGGAAGUGUGGCACACCAGAAAGCCAAAGCAUGAAUAGAAGCAAAAAUUAUUGGCAGACGGUGAAAUUACUGCAACCAUGUAGCAGAGUUAUUCACCAAUUGUGGAAGUACUAAUUUCUCACAAACAACUCAUGAUUGCAAAUAUAAUAAUAUAUGCGUUACCAACAAGAAGAAACAUUGUACUGGAAAAAGCAGAAAUAUGGAAAGCUAAAA